ACCCAUUACGUCAGUUCGGUCUUGCCAGUAGAGCGAUAAACACAUCUCUACGAAACCUUGCGAAUAAAUUGCAACUAUACAAGUAAAAUCCAACUCGAAACGUGUAACGGUACAAUAAGAACACAAACACGCUAGGGAGAAAGCGUCGGUGAAAGCAAGCAUCGCCAGUGUGAACCCCGCGUCGCGACGAACGGACGAAAUAACCUCAAAAUGUCGCUCGCGAUCAUAUCCGCGGUCAUCGCUACAAGUGCCUGCAUUUAUUGGUACAUGAACCGACACAAACCGAUAAAGCACAUUUUAUGGGAGCUCCGCUACAAUUUGGACAUGCAGGGCGCGGGUGUCGGCGGCCUUAUCGACGACUGGGUGAAUAUGACAAGGAACAAAAUAGUGUUGCCAGACGCAAACAAGAGAAUCGCAGUGAUAACAGGCGGAGCGCGCGGCAUAGGCACUGAAGUCGUCCGAGGAUUAUUGAAAGCGAACAUGAUCGUGAUUAUGGGAAUUAGAAAACCUGAAUUAGCGAAAAAACUGGCGGAACAAUUGGAAAAUGGAGAAAAUUUGCACGCGUUCCAAUUGGAUUUACUAUCUCUGAAAUCAGUGAAAGAUUUUGCUGAUGCAGUGUUGACGAAGUUCCCCGAGAUCCAUAUUUUGGUAAAUAAUGCUGGGAUAAUGUUUGGAGAUUAUAAACUGACGGAAGACGGCUUGGAGUCCCAGUUAGCUGUCAAUCAUCUUGGCCAUUUCUAUUUGACACAUCUAUUGUUGCCAGCCCUGAAAAAGGGCGGGAAUGUUGGGGAAUGCUCAAGAGUAGUAAAUGUGUCAUCCUGCGCCCAUUAUCCGGGAAAGAUAUACUUUGAGGACAUAAAUUCGGAACAGUAUUAUGACACAUCAGCUGCCUACUCACAGUCAAAACUGGCACAGUUGAUGUCAGCAAGAUAUAUUAACAAGAUUUUAGAAGAAAAUGGCGAUAGAGUAAGAUGCUACUCCGUACACCCUGGGAUAGUGGACACAGAUUUGUUCAAUGGCACAUUGUUUAGAACAGCAUUUCCGUGGGCCAUGAAAUUAUUCUUCAAAAGCCCGGAAAAAGGAGCGGUGUCUAUUCUACAUGCAUGUUUCAACAAAGACUUGGAGAAGAAAGGGGGUUUAUACAUCAGCAAUUGCAUUGAAGGCAUUAGUAACAAGUUCUCUAAUAAUGUGGAUCAUCAGAAAAAACUGUUUGAAAUGUCUUGUGACCUAGUCAAAAUAGAUAAAGAUAGUUUCGGUACAGCAUUCAAUUUCAAUUUCAAAGCCUUUAAUUUCGAGCAUACAGUUAAUAAUAAUAUUUAGUACAGUUUUCGUUAUUUGUUCAUGUGUUUGCAGCAACCGUCGGCUCGACGUGUCCUUUUGACACAAAGGCCUCCUCCAAUGCCUUCCAUGCCUCUCUGUCUCUAUCUAGUCGUGUCCAUAGUGGACCCGCAGUUUUCCUUAGAUCAUCUGACCAUCUUUUGUAUUGUCUGCCUCUUUUCCUUUUUGUGUUGUCUCGUGGGGUCUGUUUGACCACUUCUGCUUUUCCCUGAGCAUGUGGCCCGCCCACUUCCAUUUUAGAGUUUUUGAUUUUAGAGUAACAUCUUCUAAUUUUGUGAUCUCUCUUAUUUCCGUCGCCCGUUUUCUGUCUCUUUUUGUGUACCCUAACAUGCUUCUCUCCAUUCCCCUCUGGCAUGUUAUUAGUUUUUGUGUCAUUUUUUCUGUUGCGGCCCAGGUUUGGCAUCCGUAUGUUAGUAUAGGCAAUAUACACAUAUUGAAAACUUUUCUUUUUAUUGAGAUGCGGUAAUCUUUAUUUUUCAUGAUGGUUUUUAGGGACCAGAACCUGUUCCAUGCAUUUGUGACCCUUCUGUUCAUUUCUUGUUCAGCUCGGUACAGCAUAAAAGUCAUUAAUUAAGUUUUUUUAGAUUUGGAAGACUGGUAUGUAUGUAUAAGGUUUUUUGUAUAAUAACUAUACAUUCCACUUUGCAAUUCACAAGGUUGUUAUUUUUUAUAAUGUAUAUUUAAUUAUUAAGUACUUAAAGGUAAUAAAGUUAUUUAUUUAGAA